UUGUGUUUUUGUGUGUCGAGUUUUGAGAAAUGGAGCCAUAGUUUAAAUAAAACAAUCUGUGUAAGUAUUUUUUAAAAACGAAUGUGAAUGACAUUUUAUGUGACUUCCUUAUUCUGAACAAACUCAAGCAGCACUCAAGUCUCAGCGGACACGUCUUCUGUCAGGCUCAUGAAAUGGAUUCAAUAUAUGAAAAUACUGAUUUCAUACUUUCAAUACUUUCUUCAGAUGAAAAGCGCUGUCAAUACAAAGGUAAUUUCACUGAAGAACUGGAAAGUGAGAGGAAAGACAGUCCCUCUAAGUGGACUAAAGCUCUUCUGAUUCUUCUGGGUUUGACGUUCGUUUUUGCUCUCGGGGGUCUCUGCGCUCUCUGGAUCCUUUAUAAUAAUAAGCUUGCCGAUUUUGAAUCACUGAAUGAACAACUUGCUGCUCAAGUGAUCAACAGCACAGUUAUGAUAAGAGAACAAGAGGAACUUAGAACCAACUACACCAGAGUUAAAGAACAGCUUCAACUUCAUGAUGAGCUGAAGAGGAUGCAGCAGUAUGCAGUGGAUGUGACUCUGGAUCCUGAUACAGCUCAUCCUACUCUCAUCCUAUCUGAUGAUGGAAAACAAGUGAGACAUGGAGACAUUAGACAGAAACUCCCAGACAAACCAGAGAGAUUUAAUAAAAGUUUAAGUGUCCUGGGAAAGGAGGGAUUCUCCUCAGGGAGAUUUUAUUUUGAGGUGCAGGUGAAGGGGAAGACUAAAUGGACCUUAGGAGUGGCCAGAGAAUCCAUUAACAGAAAGGGAGAUAUCAUACUGACUCCCAGUAAUGGAUUCUGGACUGUGUGGCUGAGGAAUGAGAAUGAAUACAAAGCCAGGGCUGGUCCUCCUGUCUCUCUGUCUCUGAGAGUGAAGCCGCAGCGGGUCGGUGUGUUUGUGGAUUAUGAGGAGGGUCUGGUCUCCUUUUAUGAUGUGGAGUCCAGCUCUCAUAUCUACUCUUUCACUGGUCAGUCUUUCACUGGGAAACUCUAUCCAUAUUUUAACCCAGGCACUAAAGAUGGAGGUAAAAACUCAACUCCACUGAUCAUCACACUUGUCAAAUACAAUAAAUGAAUUUACCUAAUAUGAAAUACACAAUGAUAUAUAUUUUGAAAUAAUCAUUUAUGUAAUU